GAGAGUUGUGAGCAACAUUUCUCAUCAGUCAGUGGUGGUGGAUUUGUCAAGAGUACAUUUGGAUAAAUAAUUAAUAAAAUAGAAGCCAAGAACUGAGAGGGACUGACACUAAAUAAGAGCAGUGAUGCGAUUGGUCAGCGUGACCGGGGCGCGGCUCCGCAGGGCGGCCGAGGAGGAGGAGAAGAGGGAGCCUCCUCCACCGCACCAUUCCAACCACCAGUUUGCCAGCAUGAAGAACAAGUUCUUCAAUGAGCUCACGCACCUGCCAAAUCAUAAACUCAAGAUGCCCAUGUGGGCAGUGGGAGCCAUUGUGUUCGUGGUCCUUGCCCUUAUCGUCUGCAUGGGAUUCUGCAUCUACAAGAAGUGCAUUAGUAAGGGCAAGAAGCCCAAGAAGGUCCGUGAGAGGAAGGGAGGACGAGGGCGGAGGAAGAAGGACAAGGACGGAGAGGACGGAGAUGAUAAGAAGGAGGGAGAGGAAGGGAAGGAAGACGAGGAGAAAGAGAGCUAUGGCAAGCUGGAGUACUCCCUGGACUAUAACUUUAAUGAUAACCAGCUGAUAGUCGGCAUCCUCCAGGCUCAGGACCUUGCAGCCAUGGACAUCGGCGGGACCUCAGAUCCCUAUGUCAAAGUCUACAUGCUGCCGGACAAGAAGAAAAAGUUUGAGACCAAAAUCCAGCGCAAGAACCUCAGUCCAGUCUUCAAUGAGACCUUCACCUUUAAGAUACCUUAUAGUGAGUUAGGUGGUCAGACUCUGGUGCUGCAGGUGUUUGACUUUGACCGUUUUGGUAAGCAUGACGUCAUCGGCGAGAUCAAGAUUCCCAUGAACAGUAUAGACCUCGCACAGCCAAUACAAGAAUGGAAGGAUCUGGUUGGAGGAGAGAAAGAGGAGCAAGAAAAGCUGGGUGAUAUCUGCAUUUCCCUUCGUUACGUCCCCACGGCCGGUAAGCUAACGAUUAACAUCAUGGAAGCCAAGAACCUGAAGAAGAUGGAUGUCGGAGGACUGUCGGAUCCCUUUGUUAAGGUGGUGCUGCAGCACAAUGGGAAGCGCCUGAAGAAGAAGAAGACGUCAGUCAAACAAAACACUCUGAAUCCUUACUUCAAUGAGAGUUUUAGCUUCGAGAUCCCCUUCUCCCAGGUCCAGAAAAUCCAGGUGGUAAUUACUGUGUACGACUACGACAAGCUGGGCAGCAACGACGCCAUUGGCAAGUGCUGGAUGGGCUACGGCGCCUCAGGCGUCGGGUUACGCCACUGGUCAGACAUGCUGGCCAAUCCCAGGCGUCCUGUGGCCCAGUGGCACACGCUACUGACAGAGGAGGAGGUGGAUGCUGCUUUGAAGGCCCCAAUACGCUAAACACACUCACACACACAUAUGUACUGUAUACACCAUCAUCUGCAUAGGAGGAGUAUUCUUUCAUUUGAUACCAAACAACUCUAGGUUUUAUGAAAUUCCUUUUGUAAUAUUUCAUUUGGGGAUUUCUUUAUAUGAAUACAUGUGUGCUUUAUAUUGUUUGGAAUACAUACUAUUGAAAUGUGCACAAACGCAUGUGUACUUGCAGCACACUCGAAUUACGGAUAAAUACAUAUAAAAAACAGAUUAAAGAAAGAUUCAAAAUUAAAGGAGAAUAUCUUGACUUUUAUACCCUAAAAACUCUGCAUACUAUACCUCCCAUAAUGCAACUUGAUAGUCUUUGAUAUUAUUGAUUUAUGCCCUUCCUGCCUGGUGAAUGUCUUAAUUUUUCGAAGUUAGUUCAUAACACAGGUGUUCUGUUAAAAAGCCCUUUGCCAGAAUACACUGAUGACAUCAUCAACGUUAUUUUCUCAGACGUUCAAAAGCUUCCGCAGUCACAGAAAACAUUAUACAACGAGUUGCCCCUUUAAUACUUUAAUUUACUUCCUUGACAACCUGUAUUUUGCUGAGCUACACCUCCUUUAAUGUAAUCGAUGUCCUUGUUGUCUCAAGGUUAAAAUGUCCUUAUCCAGCAUAGGUAAACGGUGGUAUUGUCAAAUUAAUUUGGAUAAUAUAUUAUGAAAAAGACAGAAAAACACAUCAUGUUUUUCUAUUUGAAAAACUCUCAACUGCUGUUGCAGAGCUGUAUCUUCUUCUUCAUGUUCUCUUUUCCUUAAGUUUAGCCCGAUAACUCUCUUAUGUUCAAACAGUCUGAACAUUUCCUGUGAAAUGUAUUAUAUGUAGUUACAUGUUUUUACUGAUUAUUGGUCUCUU